AUGAACUCUCUGUGGCCUUCGAGGCCUGCCAAUGAUGGCGCCUCCGCCGAAAAGGAGCCUCCGCUGACCGGCGAUGUUGCCGAUGCCGUUGUCGCAGACGUUGGUCCCGAUCCCAGCAACCCGCCCCCUCCGCCUCCGGCACGGCCAUCUUUGCAAAGAAACUCCUCUGCGCCAACCCCCGUCCCUGCGCCGGCUCCAGACCCCCCAGCUCCGAUGCCUCCUGCGCCUUCCGACCAACCGCAACCGACCGACUCUCUUUCGUUGCUGCAGCUGAGGCGAAUCGUCGCCGAGUUCAGCCGCGGCGAACCUGUCGCCUACGAUUUUGUCUACAAUGAUAUGGGCUCGCAUGACGAGGAGAUCGACGAAUGGUUCGUGUACCAGUUUUGGCAGUGGGUGCGACUAAAUGCUGCCCAGAGGGCAUUCGAGUGGCAGUGGCAGCACGAGUACGAUAUCCAGACGCCUUGGGAGGAGACGGAACAGCAGACAAGAGCCAAGUUCACGAAAGACGCUCUGGGUGGUCUCCAAGUCAAGGACCCCGCACAACGCUCUGCGUCCAUUGGUAAGGUCCUGUACUUGGUGCUGGGCAGAUGGGGCGAUACCUCUACUCCGGCUACCGUAGGCGACAGGAGGUCGGCCGCAAGCGCGACACAGCUGGAGGCCAUACGAUCAAGCAUCGCCUUUCUUACGUCCCUGAAUGGAAUUUCUACCGUCUGGGAGGCUUUGCAGAACUGCUUCGAUGUGUUCUGGUCGGACGAUCCUCGGCUCGUACAGCCCGGUGGUGCCCAAGAGGCACAGGACGAACUCAUUAACCUGAUGACUAUCAUGUAUGUCAUCAUUCAGGAGGCGUUGAGCUUCCCCAAAGAGCUCGAAUCUACAAGAUCUGAACUUCUGUCUUUGAAACCUGGCCUAGUCGACUUCAUGUCCGUUGCAGCCUCCAAGCUGCGUUGGGACGACGGUAAUUUGAUGCCAUCUAGCCAGAUUUUCUUGCUCUUUUGGAAGACCAUCCUGCUGGUCUUUGGUGGUACGCAAGAGAUAGACGAGGCCAAAAAGGCCACUAGCGAAUCGCCCAACGCGAAAUCCAAGGACGUUAUCACCGCAUCGCCCUUGGACUACCAUGUCUUCCGACAGGAACUCACCUCCAAAUACCCCGCCUACGUGCCACCGAGGACGCUCAUCCCCCUCGAGCCGGAAAAUACAACUCUCCUGCCCCCUUUACCAAACCACCCCACCAGGACUAGUGCGGCGAUGGGAAUCGUACCAGGACCACCCAACCCGCAAAGCAGCGGCGCUUCUAUUCUGCACCAGCCGGUCCAUAUCGCGACACCUGCUCCUUCGCCACCCCCUUCUCCUGGUGUUGGAGGCAAGGGCGGCAAGAAACAGAACUACCAGACUAACCAGAACUUCCCCUUCAUGUACCCGCCUCUGGAUGCCACAAGCAACAGUGCUGGUGGUAAAGGUGGAGCUGGGCUGCAGGAACAGCUUGUCGGUCGCAGAUGGGAGGGCAGCGACAUUCCCGCAUCAAUCCUGGAGGCUGGAGAGCUGUUCUCCAAAAGAGUUCGCAUGACGCGCGCUACGCGCCAGCUUUGGGAGGAACGUGAAAGCUUUCUCAAGUUUGAGAGGGGAUGGGAAGCAGAGGAUAGCGACGAUGACGUUGACGACCUCGACCUUGAAGGAUUGAGCCUGGAAGAGAAGCAAGAGAUUGCUGCGCUAAAAGCUGAGACUAGGGCCGAGGAGCGCAGGGAGGCACAGCUUUCGAUGCGAGAGCCAGAAGUUGACUGCGGUCCUGCCGCAGACAAAGUCAACGACGAGGUCAAGCGUCGGCUAUUUGCUGUCGAAAGUUUCUACAAAGAGUCUCUUCCUCACCUGCAGUCGCUGGUGAUCGUCCUUCUAAGGCCGAUCCUCAUGAACGUAACGGCUGUCUUGUCGCAGCCCGCCGCAGCACAACAGCACCCGAGUAUGGCCGGUAGAGGAGCCAACGGCAUGAAUGGUGGCCCUGGGCCCAAUAGGCAACAGCAAUCCCAAGACCCUUCUUCGGCACAGUCGGGUCCCUCUGAGCUCCCAGAGAUGUCGCCCGAAGAGGUGGAUGCCGCGAGGUCCCGAGAGAUUACCACCAAAGCCAUAACAGCCAUCUUGCUCCUUCUUAUGAAGUGGCUCAGAGUCUCGCACGUUCUCAAAUUCGAGUACAUGACACAGCUCCUGCUCGACUCCAAUUACCUUCCGCUAGUCCUCAAGCUGUUUGCGCACCAGGACGUCCAACAAGUCGUAGACAGCAAGACGGACCGGCUCGAAAACAGCUUCUUCCAUUUCUGCAACUUGCGGUCGAAGUUCAAGGACAAGCCGCCGGUCCAGGCCGAGCCCGAGGAAGAGAGUGAAGACGAGGCAGCGCCACCGCCUAUCAAGAGAAGGCGAUCACCACCUCGGGCGACGACGGCCGCCACGCGCGACAGCGACGACAACGCCAAGCUCGAGGGGCAGGUUGCGGCGCGACCCGAGGUCGAUGAACUCGGAUACCCCGUUAACGACUUGCCGGCCGAGCCGAUCACCGACUUCUCGAGAAGAAACUUCUUCUCCCUAAUCAACUACCUCCGGAUCAUGCAGAAGAUCUGCAAACACAAGGCCCACCGAAAUCUCCUCUUGGUGCAGUACAAGUCGGCCAACAUCCUCCGCAAGUCUCUCAAGAUUCCCCAGCCGGAACUCCGACUUUAUACCCUGAAGCUGUUCAAGAACCAAGUGCCGUACUGCGGCCGCAAGUGGCGGCAGAGCAACAUGCGCGUCAUCACGGCGGUCUACCUACACUGCCGGCCCGAGCUGCGCGAUGAAUGGCUGGCGGGGAGCGACGUCGACGCCGAAGUCGACUCGGCGCUGCCACUGGAGCAGGCCCUGCGCAGUCUAACGCAUUGGUUCAACGUGCGCAGGUAUCCUGACAAGAUUGCCGUCGAGCUGCGAGCUGCCCUGCGGGAGGAGCAAGACUUUUUCACGAGGGAGCUGGAGAAGCUGGACAUGAACUGGGCCGACGUGGGGGCCGACGAUGGCGCAAACAGUGAGUGGGACGAGGCGGCCGGAUGGCCAUGA